GGAAAUCAGUGAAAAGGUCUCUAGAGAUUCUUAUUCUACUCUAGUGGCAAAGAGUAUUCAACCUACUGCUCAUCAUUAGUGAAAAUGACAACCUUUUUAUUUUAGAUCUGGGGUAUUUAUUUACAUGACUAGAACCAGCCAACAUGUUGACAAAGUUACAAAUAAAGCAGAAUGACUUGAUAAGUUGAUAGAGUUUCAGAUAUUAAAUUCAGCCUUACAAUAAAGUGAAAAGGACUAGAGUCUGUACAUCUUGUCUGAUCUGCCUGAAUGUCAACAUUUCCAUUCAGCAGUACUUUAUUUUGGAAAAUUGAAGCUAAAUUUUACCGCACAUUGGUAAAUGUAAGCAAGUCUAAAAACUCACAAUGUGCAUGUAGACUAUCUUUGGUCAAGAGGCUUCACAGGCUGUCUAAUUGUGAUAACUCUUUGUUGUCCUUACCACCAACAUGGGACAGUGUCAGGCAAAGAAAGCUAGCAAGUCAUAUGUCAGAUCCAGAAAACAAAGGGAGCACAACAAGAGGUGUCAACUUUGAUACCUUAGGAUCAUGGAACAACAGGCUAACCUUGCCUAUAUUGUAUGAGCAGAGUGUCAAGAAAGGUAAAUUAAUUCCACGGGUUCCACUGGAAAAGAUAGGACGGACAUCUACCUUAGGAAGGCGAAAAGUGAAUGAAGACCGCUAUGUCUUGGAAGAACUAAGACCAGAACUCCUCUAUUUUGGUAUUUUUGAUGGGCAUGGAGGUUCCUAUGCUGCCCAGUAUGCAUCUGACCAUCUCAUUGACCACUUAUGUUACUGGAUGACUCAAACAGAAGAUCUAAAGGAAGUUUUAAAGAGAUCUUUUUGUGACAUGAACAAUCUCUUAGCCAGAAAUUUGACUUACUACCAUAUAGAUGAUGAUUUAUUUAAAACUGGCACAACUGCUACUGUUUGCUUGCUGAGAAACUCAACAGAGUUGGUGGUAGGGCAUGUUGGUGACAGCAUUGCUAUUUUGUGCCGAGAGGGAAAGCCAAUUAGGCUAUCCAUAGAUCAUGACCCAGAGAACUCUGAAGAAGCUAGUCGCAUAAAAAGUAAAGGUGGUCACAUUAUUCACAACAGUCAAGGUGUAGCUCAUGUCAAUGGAAGACUGGCCAUGACCAGAAGCCUGGGAGAUGUUGAACUCAAGUCCUUUGGUGUGACAGCACAGCCACAACUUAGGUCCAUAGAGGUGAAACAUGGAUCAGAUGCUUUUCUUGUUAUGUGUUCUGAUGGGUUAAGUUUCGCCAUCAGCGAUGAAGAAAUUGUCAACAUUGUCAAUAACACUGACACCCCUGAUGAAGCCUGCUAUCGUCUUUCAGACCAAGCACAGCAUUUCGGAUCGGAAGAUAAUGUCACAGUAAUAGUUAUUCCCCUUGGGGCUUGGGGGAAAUACCAGAAGCUUACUGGUGUUCAUAUGAAUUUUGGUCGCAUUCUGACACAUUCGCGUAAUUAUUAAGUAAAUCUUGCAGUGAAGGUUUGAAUUCAAUUGUAAAUAAUUUCUUUGAGACUUAUGAAACAUUCUGAAUCAUUGUAACUCCAAUACUCCUAUUUAUGAUGAGUGAAUACAGUUGACUCUUGAUAAUUUGACAGUUG